AUGUUGGCCGUCGCAUUUUCGGCUGUUCUUUACGUCCUCCUCAUCAGCCACUCCCUUGCUGAACUUGGAGGGGGAAUUCUCCGCCAACGACAAAGCCCAAGAUGCGUCGCUAGUUCCUUUAUAAACGUGGUCAGCCUUCCUGGCGUGACUGUCGCCGUCGAGAAGGCCGCAUCGAUAGCGGAACGUGGCUCUUAUUCGGAAUCAGGAAACCAAGGGUUUCCCAAUACGAUUGACUUGCUCCCGGCAUUAUGUGCCGUGACAGUCAAAGUUACCAACACCUCUGAUUUUCCCGACAAACCCGUAUCCAGCUACCGCGUCGGCUUGUUCCUCCCCACUAUGACAAACUGGAACUCGAGGAUUCUCACCGUAGGCGGCGCCUCGUUUGCUGGUGGCAUCAACUGGCCGGGCAUGAGCGAAGGAACACACUAUGGCUUCGCGACCAUAUCGACAGACAACGGCCACAACUCAGCGGGGAGUGACCUUUCCUGGGCAACAUCAGCGCGACUCUACGACUGGGGCUACCGAGCGCUCCACGGUUCAGUCGUGGUCGGCAAGCUGCUCGUCGCCCAUUAUUACAGCAACUCGCCAACCUACUCCUACUACGCAGGAUGUUCGACUGGAGGCCGCCAAGGAUUGAGAGAAACCCAAUACGACGCCAACAGCUUUGACGGCGCUCUCAUCGGCGCCCCAGCCUGGGACACCAUGCACCUGAUGCCUUGGAUCUCCAAGAUCGCCUCCCAACAGCUCAAUACCACGGCCAACGGCAGACUACGGGCUACACAGCUAUCCAUCCUCGCCACUGAAGUCCUCCGUCAAUGCGACGCCCAAGACGGCGUCAAAGACAACAUCAUCAGCCAGCCCGACCAAUGCCGCUUCGAUAUCUCCAAGAUCAUCUGCUCGGACCCUUCCCGCUGCCUCACCCGCGCGCAAGCCGACACGACCAGCAAAAUCUUGGCCGACUACAUCAUCAAGGACCGCGAUGGUCAAAACCGGACAGUCUACAAUGGCUUCACACUCUCUUCCGAAGACCAAUGGUCCGUCUACUUCGGCACCGACGCCGCUUUGACAGAUUUCGAUUUCUCCUACGAGCGCUACUUCCUCUACAACCUUUCUCAGUCCUACACCUGGCAACAAUACUCGGACCAAGUCGUGCUCAAUUCAGAGCGGAUAAAUCCCGGCCUCGCAACCGCCAACCGGUUCUCUACCCUGUCUUCUUACCAAAAACGAGGAGGGAAAAUAAUCAUGUACCACGGCCUCGCCGACGGCUUGAUAUCCCCCCGCACCUCCUUGGCCUACUACAACGCGACUAUUUCCUCCCUCCAAACUUCCGUCCCGAAAAUCCGUGACUGGUUCCGCCACUUCGAAGUACCAGGCAUGCAACACUGCUACUUCAGCAACCGGUUUAACGCCCCCUGGGAUUUCGGAGCGCCAGGGCAGGCUUCGCAGCUGAGGAUGUUGCCCGCGUUGGGCACGGGGUUGCAAGCGUUUGGAGACGGGUGGUCGGUCCCUGGGCAUUUGGGAGAUGCCAAAUAUGAUGUGCUAAGUGCGCUCGUGAAGUGGGUGGAGGAGGGGAGAGAAGUUGAGUCUGUGGUUGCUACGGCGUUCACGGAGGAUUUGAGUGGGAAGGUGUAUAGGACAAGGCCGGUUUGUGCGUACCCCGAAAGGGCCGUUUGGGAUGGGAAGGGGGAUGUGAAUGUGGCGGGGAGUUGGAGGUGUGUUUGA